UUUCCUUGCUGCGAGGAUCGGAGCUCCGGCCGUCGGGGGCUCCCUCCGCCCCGUGGACCGUCGCCUCCCGCUCGGCCGCCCUCGUCGUCCACCUGCCCGGCCUCCCUCCCUCUCGCCCGGGAUGUACGCCUCUCCCGUCGUGGCUUGCAGCCUCUUCCUCGCCCUCCUGGCCCUGGGGCUGGAGGCGAAGCCGGCUCCCCAGCACUUGCAGAAGGCGGGCGCCGGGUCGCAGCAGCAGCAGCAGCAGCAGCAGCAGCCGCGGGGCAACUCAUCGUCGUCGUCGUCGCGACUGAUGCGCGACCUGCGCACCGACACCAAGCAGGCCCGGGCGGGCUGGGCGCGGCUCAUGCACCCGGAGCAUCACGCCGGCGGCGGCGGCGGAGGAGGCGGUGGAGGCGGCGGCGGAGGUUCGCGGCGCCUGAAGGGCCUCUCCAAGAAGGGCCUCUCCAAGGGCUGCUUCGGCCUCAAGCUAGACCGCAUCGGCACUAUGAGCGGCCUGGGCUGCUGAGCCGGUCGAGGGCGGCCGGCGGGCGACACCUAGCGGCGGUCGGACGCUCCUUCUGAAACCCCCUCACCCCCUCCCCGCGGACAUU